AUGAGCACAACUGGUCAUCGUGCUGGUGUUUUCAAAAAGCCGGCGAAAACGCAUAAGUCGUGGAAGGGAAAACGGACGAAAGGAGAGAUUUCGGCUGAUAAUCGAGGUUCGCAAGUUGAUAUUUGUGGAAACAGACUUGAAUCGAGGCUACCCCGAACUAGAACUGUCUUGGAUCUGUCUGCAGAACCUGUCUGCAAGUGGUUUUUGUUACGAAAAGUCGUGUUUUGACGGAUUCCGAUUCGGGACAGUUCUGGUUCGCGGUAGCCUCCUCUAUCAGUUCAGAAUUUAUUCACUUUUCAAAAAUAUCAUACGAAACGAGGUUGUUGAUAAAAGUGAUUACGUGCUUUAAAAGUGGUUAUACAAUCGCUAUUCAGGACGCGAAGGAGUCAAACAAAUCGUCCGUUCGGGCCAUGCGACUCAUCGUGCCAUCUCGAAGGAUGCCCGUCGGAAUCAACUGAAAAUGGCGAGAGAACGCAAGCUGGCCGAAGCGAUGGAGAGACGCAGAACUUCCAAUGCCCCAUGCCUUGUGGUAUUUCGUCUUUCAAUUGAAACAAUCGGAAUAUAGGUGACUUUCAGACUGUCAUUUCCCUGGGAAGCGGGGCGCGUCCAACCGAGUUCAUCAAAAAGCUGGCAACGUGCGACGAAACCAUCGUCCAGACGUCUUCUCCGUCCACCAUCAAUUUCGCAAUCCCCCGUUUCAAGUCGCGCAUCUCGUUCGUCACUCCAGACAAAGGAAACAUCGACUCCGUUCUUGACGCGAUUCGCGCUUCCGAUGUGCUCUGUUUCCUCUGGCCGAUGUCGGCGCAACUGUCUGAAUGGGACGAGCAGUUGCUGACCAUCGUCAAAGCGAACGGACUGCCGACCAUUGUGAGCGUGGUGCCGGGAUUGGGAGGUAUUGCGAAUCACAAGAAGAAGGAGGACGUUCGCAAGGGAAUCGAAUUCAUCAUCUCCAAGUGGAGCAUGAACAACGCGGGCGUUCUCCUCGCCGAUUCGGUCACUGACAGUCUCCAACUGCUCCGCACUUUCAAUGAAACGAAGAAGAAGCCGCUGACUCUUCAAGCACGCCACUCUUAUCUGCUCGUCGAGAAUCUCGAAUGCUCUCAAAAGACAGACUCGACGUGCACUCUAGUUGCUCAGGGAUAUCUCAGAGGUCCCGAAUGGAGUGCCAACAACCUCGUCCACCUUCCCGGAUUCGGAGACUUCCCAGUGUCUCGUAUUGAAACUGCUGUUGAUCCGCAUCCUCUGAAGACCGGUGGAAAAGUCCCAGAGACCCAAAUAAUUGCAAAAUCCGAUGAAAAGCGACAGCCCCUGGAGACGGAGAUUAUUCCAAAUGAAAUGGACGGAGAACAGACAUGGCCGACACGGGAAGAGCUGGAAGAGGCGGACAAGGAGAGACGCAGAGUGCCGAAAGGAACGUCUUCCUAUCAAGCCGCCUGGAUUCUGGACGAUGAAGAUGACGAGGAAAACGAUGACGAUGACGACGACGAAGAUAUGGAAGAUGAGGAAGAAGAUGUAGAAGAGGACGACGAUGAUGAGGAACCGAUGGACUUGAAAUCGGAAGCAGGAGAAACGACUGCGAGCGAAAUGAUCGAUGAAGAAGGCAUCGAUGAGGACAUCAACAUGGCCGAAGUGGAGAAAUACAGGAAGGAGAGGGAGAAUGCUCAAUGGCCGGAUGAGAUUGACACUCCAAUAGAUGUGCCUGCUCGCGUUCGUUUCCAGAAAUACCGAGGACUGAAGAGCUUCCGCACAUCCACUUGGGACCCGAAAGAGAACUUGCCAGUGGAUUACGCUCGCAUCUUCCAAUUUGCAAACUACAAAAAUACCAAGAAAAAUGUGAUGGCCAAGAUUGGAGGGAACGACGUGGAUUCCGGUGAUGCAGUCAUCGACAAGAAGUUCAACGGAGCGUUCGCCAGUGUGUUCAUUGAGAACGUACCCCUCGCUCUUUUGGAGGCGUACAAGGACGUAAAGAAUCUCGUUCUCUUCCAGCCGCUUCCACACGAGCAGAAGAUGUCCGUCCUCAACAUGGUUCUCAAGAAGCACCCUUCAUGCACCGUUCCGAUCACAUCCGACCAGAAUCGAAAGUUCAUCUUCUACGUCGGCUUCCGUCAGUUCGAAGCGAACGCCCUGCUCUCUUCGAAUACGCCAGGAGACAAGUACAAACUGGAAAGGUUCAUGCCCACGGAGAAGACGUUCGUCGCCACUGUCUACGCGCCGAUCACUUUCAACCCGGCCACUGUGCUCUGCUUCAGACAGGACGACAAGGGAAGACAGGAGCUCGUGGCCACUGGCUCCGUUCUCGACAGCAAUCCGGAUCGUGUCGUCCUCAAGAGAACAGUCCUCUCCGGUCAUCCGUACAAGAUCAAUCGUCGUGCCGUCGUGGUCCGUUAUAUGUUCUUCAACAGAGGUACGUCUCUUCACGGCUGCCAUCUUAGGUCAAUCUUUGAUCUUUUCAGAAGACAUUGAAUGGUUCAAACCGGUCGAAUUGUACACGCCGUCUGGUCGUCGUGGUCACAUCAAGGAGCCGGUCGGAACUCACGGAAAUUUGAAAGCACGCUUCGAUCAGCAACUGAAUGCUCAGGAUUCCGUAAUGCUCAAUCUCUACAAGCGUGUCUUCCCCGUCUGGAAUUACUCUCAUUUCGUAAGUUUUUUUUCAAAAAAAAAAAAACAUUAUAAUUUAUGUCUAUUUCAGAAUCGUAACCUCAACCCGUCCCGCUUUGUCGAACGCUCUCGAAUCGAAAGUAUCAGCCUUGUGAAUGAGGAUUCCAUGGAAGAAUAA